AUGAGGGUGCACGAAGAUGACGUGCACCGGUGCGGCCGCUGCCAGUCGGAGUUCACCUCCCUGGAGGAGUUCGUGCAGCACAAGCUGCAGAAGAUGUGCCAGCGAGCGCCAGAAGCUCCUCUCGCUGCCGCGCCCGCGGGGCUGCUCGGCCAAGAAGUCGUGCCUGCUGUGGAGGAGGCAAUAACUGUUGCUCACAUCGUGGUUGAAGCAUCUUCAAUAGCAGAGGAGAUCAGCGGCGCAUCCGCCAUCGUAGGCAGCGGGCACAUCAAAGAAGUCAUCGUUGCAGGAGAACACGUGUUUGAGAACCCCAAUGGUCACGUUGAUGGGGAAGUCACUGAAGAGCAAGGCAACCCUGAGGAGCAGGAGCAGGACAUUUCCACAGAGCUGAUCAAGGUGAAGCUGCUGGUUAACAAAGAGGGACGAUAUGUCUGUGAGCUGUGCCAGAAGACUUUUAAAACAGCCAGCAUCCUCAAAGCUCACAUGAUCACCCACAGCAGCAGGAAGGACUAUGAAUGUAAACUCUGCGGGACCUCCUUCAGGACAAAAGGGUCCCUGAUCCGACACCACCGGCGCCACACUGAUGAAAGACCUUACAGAUGCAAGAAAUGUGGGAAAAGCUUCCGGGAGUCGGGAGCUUUGACUCGGCACCUGAAAUCUCUGACACCUUGCACUGAAAAAAUUUGCUUCAAUAUGAACAAAGAAAUAGUGGUCAACAAGGAUGAUUUGCCAACAGGCUCCUGCAGCUCCAACACAGACCCUGUUCCAUCCAUGGCCAGCGAAGCCAUCGAGACCUCGCCCGUCAUCCACCUGGUGACAGACGCAAAGGGCAACGUUCUCCGGGAAGUCCACGUCCAAAUGCAGGAACUUCCCAUGGUGGAUGCAAAAUCCCUGGACCAAGACGAGCUGCCCUGCGAGGGGGAGGUGAGCAGUGAGAACCUGCUGCGCCAGGCCAUGAGGAACUCGGGGAUUGUCAUUGAGAGGGUGGCUGUGGAGGAGAUCCAGAAGCCUGACCAACCUGCUGUAGCUGCCACAGAAGAGCUAGAGAACCAAGUGGUGGAAGCAGAAGAGGAGCCAAGUGGGGAACAGUGUGUUGAAGUAGAACAAGCAGAGUCUACGGGUGCAGAACGAACAAAUGGGUACAAAAGUUACGUUUGCCCUCACUGUGAUGAAGCCUUCAGUGAAGCUGCUUCCCUCGAAACACACAUCAAAGGGCACAUAGAUUACAAGCCUUUCAAGUGUGAGGAGUGUGGCAAAGAGUUCACCAAGGGCUACCUGCUGAAAAAGCAUCAAGAGGUGCACGUGAACGAGCGGCGCUUCCGCUGCGGGGAGUGUGGGAAGCUCUACAAGACCAUUGCCCACGUGAAGGGGCACCAGCGAGUGCACUCGGACGAGCGGCCCUACUCCUGCCCCAAGUGUGGCAAGCGGUACAAGACAAAGAACGCCCAGCAGGUUCAUUUCCGAACGCACCUGGAGGACAAGCCCUUCGUGUGCCAGUUCUGCAGCCGGGGCUUCCGGGAGAAGGGCUCCCUGGUGCGCCACAUUCGCCACCACACGGGGGAGAAGCCCUUCAAGUGCUACAAGUGCGGGCGGGGCUUUGCCGAGCACGGCACUCUCAACAGGCACUUAAAAACCAAAGGUGGCUGCCUCCUUGCUUUGAAGGAGGUGGAAGAAGCAAUGGUAUCUGAGGAGAGUCAGUCAGCUGACAACUUAGCUGCAACAGUCAUCUCUGAAGAUCCUCACACAGUUCUGGUGGAGUUUUCCUCAGUGGUGGCAGACACUCAGGACUACAUCAUCGAGACUGCCACUGAAGACAUGGAGACCAGCGAAGCUACUGAAAUAAUCGAGGGAACAAGACAUGAGGUCGACAGCCACAUCAUGAAGGUUGUGCAACAAAUAGUCAAUCAGGCAAACUCUGGUCACCAGAUCAUUGUACAGAACGUCACCGUGGCAGAGAACUCUGAAGUGACCUCAGACACUGCAGACACCAUCACCAUCGCCACCCCCGAGAGCCUGACGGAGCAGGUGGCCAUGACAUUGGCUUCUGCCAUCGGAGAGGGAGCUGUGCUGGCCACCGAGGGCAGCAUCCAGACAGAGGAAGCCACAGUGACCAUGGUGGCAUCUGAGGACAUUGAAAUCAUGGAGCAUGGAGACUUUGUGAUUGCCACCCAGGAGGGGGAGGUGGAAGUGCAGACAGUGAUUGUGUAGUGCUCAGCGUGCAGCCAGCAACUGCUGCUCAUCUAAAACCUACUCUUUUUUUCUCCACUUUGGGGAAUUUGAUCAGUCCUGAGUUUGCCAUUAUCAUUGUUCAGAGAGCGAGGGCAAGAACACUUUGAGAGGUACCUGGUUUAACAGGGUGGCACAGCCCUGAGGUGUUUGCUGCUUAACAUGGAAAUAACAGUAGUUAAAAACCU